AUGGGCCUGACCAGAAACUAUCUAGUCAGCCUUUUGCUCUACAUUUCCGUCGUCAACGAGAUACAACUUCCGCUGGUGACAUGUCAAGAUGAAGACAACACCCAGUGCAUGUCUAAAACAGCCUUCCUGGUCCUGCUGCGUUAUCCAGAAGUUAGCUCGAAUUUGGCUGCCUACUCAAGAACAGGAAGGGUGACUCAGGACGCGAAAAAUCGCAACGAUAUGGCACAUCUGAGAGAUUUAACCGAGGAAGCUGACGACACGGAGAUCUGCGUGCCUUCUCGCGUCUAUCUGCAGCUAUUGAAGGAUCCAGUUAUGCGCGGUGAUCUUAGCGUCAUUCUGAACGCGAGAACGCAGAAGUUGCCUGAUUUCACGGGACGUUCUUUCCACGACAGCAGCGAGGCGGAUUCGCAGGCUGAAUAUCAGAAAAGAAGCAUCGCGAUGCUGGCUAAGAACGACGAUUUGCCAAUCAGCAUCCACGAUCGCAUGGAAAACGACGACGAUGAAAAGAAGAGGGCUGUUCUUUCGGGCGAUCAAUCCGGGCAAAAUGGCGCAGAAGUCGCUCAAGAGUACCUUCUACCCAGUCGUUCAGACCUGGAAGCCUUAACCCGAGACUUCUCGGCGGACAAGCGAAACGUCGGCACCCUGGCUCGAGAUUUCGCACUACCUCCUGGCAGACGCAACAUCGCGGCCUUGGUUCGUGACUACGAUCAAACCAAAGGAAACAGAGAACGUAUGCUGCCGUUCGCCGGCAAAAGAAACGUCGCUUCCUUAGCUAGAACCUACACUCUGCCUCAAAACGGAAAGAGAAACGUGGCGUCCGUUGCCAGAGAUUACGGCCUGCCUUAUGGAAAACGAUACGUCGGUUCUUUGAUGAAAAUGGGCGAUCUACCUGUUCGUACUCACAGAAGCGUCGCUGCUUUGGCAAGAAAUUCCGCCUGGCCGGUGUCGUUGAAGAGAGGAAUUUCCGUGCCUGGGAGCGUGAUCCUGAGAACUCUUUCUCGCCACGGUAGAUCGUUCACGGACCAAUUGAACAGCGGAAACGAUCCGCUUGAACUCGAGGGGCUGAGCAGUAUGGAACAGGAUCAGGAGAAAGAUUACGAGGAGGAGAAGCUGAGCGAUUCUUUGGCGGAAGUUGAUAACAUUAGGAGACUGAAGAGACAGAUUGGAUACUCCGAUGAAUAUCCUUUGCCCGUCAUGCAGAAUACCAAUGUAUUCGAUUACGAGGAGAUGAUGGAGGCGCUCAGUGGACAAUACCCGAACGCGCAGAAGAGAUUCUUGGAAACAGGUUCUGCACCGGAGAUACAGCCGGAUGUAGAUCAGUUCGGCUACCCGGAAACGUUUCAAGCGAAUAAAAGACACAUCGAGGCCUUGGCACGUCUUGGUUGGCUACCAUCUUUGAGGGCCGCGCAAUUCUCGCGAUCACCUCGGUAUUUGGUUGGCAGGGAGAAUCCCGCAGAUGGGUCGCCCUCGUCCGACUACUCCUCCAACUCGUCGACAAGGUCGCUAAGACCUAACUUCAAUCCAAAAACACGCUACGUUCAAGCUCUGCACGGAGAUUGUCGACACGGCUUCGAAAGGUUUCUCCUCUUACCGACCACGGGUAAUUAUUUUCAUCAAAAACUCCCUGCUUCGUUGCGAUCUAAAUCGUACUAA